AUGCAGUCUCCGACCUUGAGAGAUUCCACGGCCGGUGGCGGUGACUUCGCUGUCCAGGAGGCCGUCUGGCGGGAUUACUUUCAGCCCUUCGCCAAGGACCUGGGCGGCUUGCUGGAUCGCCUGGCCCUCAGGGGCCCCCUGGACCGGCAGGCCCACAACUUGCUGCACUCCAUGGUCAUCUACAUGCUGAGGAACUCCGCCUGGCGCCUCGCCACUUUCUUCCUGCGCAUGUGCAUGUACAGCGGCAUUCCUGUGCGGAUCGGCCCACGGCAGAUCAGCGAGGAGGACAUGGAGCCCAGCGCGCUGAGGCGUCUGGCAGAAGAAUUCAAAUAA